AUGGCAGACUACUCGCGUGUUAGGGUCGUCAGUCGGAGCCUCGUCAAGGCGGCCGGCACCGUCACGCCGCGCAUCCUCGCCGUUUCCAACCUCGACCUGCUCCCUCGGCCCAUACCGUCCUUGCUCCUCUGCGCCUACCGCAAGCCCUCCACCGGCUGCUUCGGCGAUGUCGUGGCCAUCUUCAAGGCCAGUCUACCGUCCCUGCUCGAGCACUUCUUCCCCCUCGCCGGCCGCCUCGUGUACAGCCCGCGCUCCGGGGUUCCGGAGGUGCACUGCGACAACCAGGGCGCGGAGCUUGUCGUCGGUGAGGCCGGCGUGGAACUGGCGAGCCUGGACUAUGGCGCGCUAGGCGCGUCGCUGGCGAGGAUCGGCGCGCUCGUCCAGUACGGCGCCGACGUCGUGCUCUCGGUGCAGCUCGUGUCCUUCGCCUGCGGCGGGUUCACCGUCGCGUGGUGCUCCAACCACGUGGUCAUGGACGGGUACGGGCUGUGCAUGCUCGCCAGCAUGUGGUCCGAGCUCGCGCGGUCCGGGAGGAUCGACACCACCCGCGGCGGCGGGGCCCCCAGCUUCGACCGCUCCGUGCUGCCGCGCCCCCGCGCCGCGCCGUCGUACAGCUCCUCGCUCAGCGAGGCGUUCACGCCGUUCGAAGGCAAGCAUCUGGUUAACUCGCUCACGGCCGAGAGCUACUGCGUCACGCGCCUGUACUACGUCGAGGAGCGUGAUAUCGCUAUGCUGCGCGCGCGGGCGAGCGGGGAGGGUGUCGGCGAGCGACGCGCGACCCGCCUCGAGGCGAUGUCGGCGUACCUGUGGAAAGCCUUGGCCGCCGUCGUGGCCGCGUCCGGCUCCGACGAGACCUGCCGCAUGGGCUGGUGGGUGGACGGGCGGCGGAGGCUGAGCGUGCCGGGAAACGAGGCCGCGAUGCGCAACUACGUCGGCAACGUCGGGACGUUCGCGCUCGCGGAAGCAGCCGUGGAGGAGAUCCGGCGGCGGCCGCUCCCGGAGGUGGCGUCGAUGGUGCGGGAGGCGAUCGCGGCGAGGGCCACCGAGGAGCAUUUCCAGGAGCUGGUGGACUGGGUGGAGGAGCACAAGGGCGGCAGGUUCGCGGAGACGGCGACCGUCGGGCUGGGCAGCCCGGCGUUGGCCGUGACGUCAUUCGCGUCGUUCCGCCUUCAGACGGACUUCAGCUUCGGGCACGCCGCCCUGGCGAUGCCGAUGAUGCUCGCCGGGACCGGGAGGCUGUGCGCCGGCUUCGUGAAGAUCGUCCCGCGCCCCGGAGGCGACGGCUCGUGGGUCGUCAGCAUGGUGGUGUGGCCGAGGCUCGCCGCCGCGCUCGACUCUGACGAGCCGCGCAUCCUGAGGCUGGUCACCGCCGAGUACCUCGGCCUCAAGGCAGAAAACCCGUGUAGCCGGCUAUGA